GAAGAACCCAGAAAAAUGGGGAUCUCUACAGUCAUCCUUGAAAUAUGUCUUUUAUUGGGUCAAGUUCUAUCUACAGCAACAUCAACAGUGAGUGACACCAGAGAAACUGCUUUUUGGGAGACACAGACACUCAGCUCUGUUUCUGAAUCAGAUCUUCCCAGAACAAGUGAUCCGUGGGUUCUCCACACCACAGAUGAUGUUUCUGAAUCAGAUCUUCCCAGAACAAGUGAUCCGUGGGUUCUCCACACCACAGAUGAUGUUUCUGAAUCAGAUCUUCCCAGAACAAGUGCUUUGUUUGUCACGGAGGAACCCUCAACAGCAAGUACAGCAGGAGCUGCCACGCCCCAGUCCACGCUCCUGCCAGCCUCCUGGCAGACCGUAUCCUCACAUGCUCCGUCACGCAUAGGGACUGAAUCAGGAUUGGCCCUGAGGCUGGUGAAUGGAGGUGACAGGUGUCAGGGCCGGGUGGAGGUCCUGUAUCGAGGCUCCUGGGGCACCGUGUGUGACGACAGCUGGGACACCAACGACGCCAACGUGGUCUGCAGGCAGCUGGGCUGUGGCUGGGCCAUGUCGGCCCCAGGAAGUGCCCGGUAUGGUCAGGGCUCAGGGCCGAUCGUCCUGGAUGACGUGGGCUGCUCAGGGCAUGAGAGCUACCUGUGGAGCUGCCCUCACAAUGGCUGGAACACACACAACUGUGGACACAGCGAGGACGCCGGUGUCGUCUGCUCAGCUGCCAGGCCCCAGUCCACGCUCCUGCCAGGCUGGUGGACGCCCACAGCUCCUACCGAAGGAACUGAAUCAGGCUUGGCCCUGAGGCUGGUGAAUGGAGGUGACAGGUGUGAAGGCCGGGUCGAGGUCCUGUACCGAGGCUCCUGGGGCACCGUGUGUGAUGACAGCUGGGACACCAACGACGCCAACGUGGUCUGCAGGCAGCUGGGCUGUGGCUGGGCCACGUCGGCCCCUGGAAGUGCCCGGUACGGUCAGGGCUCAGGGCCGAUCGUCCUGGAUAACGUGGGCUGCUCAGGGCAUGAGAGCUACCUGUGGAGCUGCCCUCACAAUGGCUGGAACACACACAACUGUGGACACAGCGAGGACGCCGGUGUCGUCUGCUCAGGUGCCAGGCCCCAGUCCACGCUCCUGCCAGGCUGGUGGACGCCCACAGCUCCUACCGAAGGAACUGAAUCAGGCUUGGCCCUGAGGCUGGUGAAUGGAGGUGACAGGUGUGAAGGCCGGGUCGAGGUCCUGUACCGAGGCUCCUGGGGCACAGUGUGUGAUGACAGCUGGGACACCAACGACGCCAACGUGGUCUGCAGGCAGCUGGGCUGUGGCUGGGCCACGUCGGCCCCUGGAAGUGCCCGGUACGGUCAGGGCUCAGGGCCGAUCGUCCUGGACGACGUGGGCUGCUCAGGGCAUGAGAGCUACCUGUGGAGCUGCCCUCACAAUGGCUGGAACACACACAACUGUGGACACAGCGAGGACGCCGGUGUCGUCUGCUCAGGUGCCAGGCCCCAGUCCACGCUCCUGCCAGGCUGGUGGACGCCCACAGCUCCUACCGAAGGAACUGAAUCAGGCUUGGCCCUGAGGCUGGUGAAUGGAGGUGACAGGUGUGAAGGCCGGGUCGAGGUCCUGUACCGAGGCUCCUGGGGCACAGUGUGUGAUGACAGCUGGGACACCAACGACGCCAACGUGGUCUGCAGGCAGCUGGGCUGUGGCUGGGCCACGUCGGCCCCUGGAAGUGCCCGGUACGGUCAGGGCUCAGGGCCGAUCGUCCUGGACGACGUGGGCUGCUCAGGGCAUGAGAGCUACCUGUGGAGCUGCCCUCACAAUGGCUGGAACACACACAACUGUGGACACAGCGAGGACGCCGGUGUCGUCUGCUCAGGAACUGAAUCAGGCUUGGCCCUGAGGCUGGUGAAUGGAGGUGACAGGUGUGAAGGCCGGGUCGAGGUCCUGUACCGAGGCUCCUGGGGCACAGUGUGUGAUGACAGCUGGGACACCAACGACGCCAACGUGGUCUGCAGGCAGCUGGGCUGUGGCUGGGCCACGUCGGCCCCUGGAAGUGCCCGGUACGGUCAGGGCUCAGGGCCGAUCGUCCUGGACGACGUGGGCUGCUCAGGGCAUGAGAGCUACCUGUGGAGCUGCCCUCACAAUGGCUGGAACACACACAACUGUGGACACAGCGAGGACGCCGGUGUCGUCUGCUCAGGUGCCAGGCCCCAGUCCACGCUCCUGCCAGACACCUUCUCUCUAAUCCUGCUUGCAUUUUCCCGUGUCCUUCCAGGAACUGAAUCAGGCUUGGCCCUGAGGCUGGUGAAUGGAGGUGACAGGUGUGAAGGCCGGGUCGAGGUCCUGUACCGAGGCUCCUGGGGCACAGUGUGUGAUGACAGCUGGGACACCAACGACGCCAACGUGGUCUGCAGGCAGCUGGGCUGUGGCUGGGCCACGUCGGCCCCUGGAAGUGCCCGGUACGGUCAGGGCUCAGGGCCGAUCGUCCUGGACGACGUGGGCUGCUCAGGGCAUGAGAGCUACCUGUGGAGCUGCCCUCACAAUGGCUGGAACACACACAACUGUGGACACAGCGAGGACGCCGGUGUCGUCUGCUCAGGUGCCAGGCCCCAGUCCACGCUCCUGCCAGGCUGGUGGACGCCCACAGCUCCUACCGAAGGAACUGAAUCAGGCUUGGCCCUGAGGCUGGUGAAUGGAGGUGACAGGUGUGAAGGCCGGGUCGAGGUCCUGUACCGAGGCUCCUGGGGCACAGUGUGUGAUGACAGCUGGGACACCAACGACGCCAACGUGGUCUGCAGGCAGCUGGGCUGUGGCUGGGCCACGUCGGCCCCUGGAAGUGCCCGGUACGGUCAGGGCUCAGGGCCGAUCGUCCUGGACGACGUGGGCUGCUCAGGGCAUGAGAGCUACCUGUGGAGCUGCCCUCACAAUGGCUGGAACACACACAACUGUGGACACAGCGAGGACGCCGGUGUCGUCUGCUCAGGUGCCAGGCCCCAGUCCACGCUCCUGCCAGGCUGGUGGACGCCCACAGCUCCUACCGAAGGAACUGAAUCAGGCUUGGCCCUGAGGCUGGUGAAUGGAGGUGACAGGUGUGAAGGCCGGGUCGAGGUCCUGUACCGAGGCUCCUGGGGCACAGUGUGUGAUGACAGCUGGGACACCAACGACGCCAACGUGGUCUGCAGGCAGCUGGGCUGUGGCUGGGCCACGUCGGCCCCUGGAAGUGCCCGGUACGGUCAGGGCUCAGGGCCGAUCGUCCUGGACGACGUGGGCUGCUCAGGGCAUGAGAGCUACCUGUGGAGCUGCCCUCACAAUGGCUGGAACACACACAACUGUGGACACAGCGAGGACGCCGGUGUCGUCUGCUCAGGUGCCAGGCCCCAGUCCACGCUCCUGCCAGGCUGGUGGACGCCCACAGCUCCUACCGAAGGAACUGAAUCAGGCUUGGCCCUGAGGCUGGUGAAUGGAGGUGACAGGUGUGAAGGCCGGGUCGAGGUCCUGUACCGAGGCUCCUGGGGCACAGUGUGUGAUGACAGCUGGGACACCAACGACGCCAACGUGGUCUGCAGGCAGCUGGGCUGUGGCUGGGCCACGUCGGCCCCUGGAAGUGCCCGGUACGGUCAGGGCUCAGGGCCGAUCGUCCUGGACGACGUGGGCUGCUCAGGGCAUGAGAGCUACCUGUGGAGCUGCCCUCACAAUGGCUGGAACACACACAACUGUGGACACAGCGAGGACGCCGGUGUCGUCUGCUCAGGUGCCAGGCCCCAGUCCACGCUCCUGCCAGGCUGGUGGACGCCCACAGCUCCUACCGAAGGAACUGAAUCAGGCUUGGCCCUGAGGCUGGUGAAUGGAGGUGACAGGUGUGAAGGCCGGGUCGAGGUCCUGUACCGAGGCUCCUGGGGCACAGUGUGUGAUGACAGCUGGGACACCAACGACGCCAACGUGGUCUGCAGGCAGCUGGGCUGUGGCUGGGCCACGUCGGCCCCUGGAAGUGCCCGGUACGGUCAGGGCUCAGGGCCGAUCGUCCUGGACGACGUGGGCUGCUCAGGGCAUGAGAGCUACCUGUGGAGCUGCCCUCACAAUGGCUGGAACACACACAACUGUGGACACAGCGAGGACGCCGGUGUCGUCUGCUCAGGUGCCAGGCCCCAGUCCACGCUCCUGCCAGGCUGGGGGACGCCCACAGCUCCUACCGAAGGAACUGAAUCAGGAUUGGCCCUGAGGCUGGUGAAUGGAGGUGACAGGUGUGAAGGCCGGGUCGAGGUCCUGUACCGAGGCUCCUGGGGCACCGUGUGUGAUGACAGCUGGGACACCAACGACGCCAACGUGGUCUGCAGGCAGCUGGGCUGUGGCUGGGCCACGUCGGCCCCUGGAAGUGCCCGGUAUGGUCAGGGCUCAGGGCCGAUCGUCCUGGAUAACGUGGGCUGCUCGGGGCAUGAGAGCUACCUGUGGAGCUGCCCUCACAAUGGCUGGAACACACACAACUGUGGACACAGCGAGGACGCCGGUGUCGUCUGCUCAGCUGCCAGGCCCCAGUCCACGCUCCUGCCAGGCUGGUGGACGCCCACAGCUCCUACCGAAGGAACUGAAUCAGGAUUAGCCCUGAGGCUAGUGAAUGGAAGCGACAGGUGUGAGGGCCGGGUCGAGAUCCUGUACCAAGGCUCCUGGGGCACCGUGUGUGACGACAGCUGGGACACCAACGACGCCAACGUGGUCUGCAGGCAGCUGGGCUGUGGCUGGGCCAUGUCGGCCCCAGGAAAUGCCCAGUAUGGUCAGGGCUCAGGGCCGAUCGUCCUGGAUGACGUGGGCUGCUCGGGGCAUGAGAACUACCUGUGGAGCUGCCCUCACAACCCCUGGAACACACACAACUGUAGACACAGUGAGGAUGCCAGUGUCGUCUGCGCAGCUGCCAGGCCCCAGUCCACGCUCCUGCCAGGCUGGUGGACGCCCACAGCUCCUGCCCAUGAAACUGAAUCAGGAUUGGCCCUGAGGCUGGUGAAUGGAGGUAACAGGUGUGAGGGCCGGGUCGAGGUCCUGUACCGAGGCUCCUGGGGCACCGUGUGUGAUGACAGCUGGGACACCAACGAUGCCAACGUGGUCUGCAGGCAGCUGGGCUGUGGCUGGGCCACGUCGGCCCCUGGAAGUGCCCGGUACGGUCAGGGCUCAGGGCCGAUCGUCCUGGAUAACGUGGGCUGCUCGGGGCAUGAGAGCUACCUGUGGAGCUGCCCUCACAAUGGCUGGAACACACACAACUGUGGACACAGCGAGGACGCCGGUGUCGUCUGCUCAGGCCCAGAAAUCUACUCCACUACCACAGAUCCUGUUUCCACCCCCACCCGCCCAGCCACAAAUUAUUCCUGUGGAGGCUUCCUGUCCCAACCUUCAGGGAGCUUUUCCAGCCCAUUCUACCCUGGGAAGUAUCCGAACAAUGCCAAGUGCGUGUGGGACAUCGAAGUUCAGAACAACUACCGUGUGACUCUGGUCUUCAGAGACGUCCAGCUUGAAGGCGGCUGUAACUACGAUUAUAUUGAAGUGUUUGACGGCCCUUACCACAGCUCCCCUCAGCUCGCCCGGGUUUGUGAUGGGGCAAGGGGCUCCUUCACCUCGUCAUCCAACUUCAUGUCCAUUCGCUUCAUCAGCGACGGCAGCGUCAAGAUGAGAGGGUUCCAGGCUGAAUACUACUCCAGCCUUUCCCCUGGGAGCACAGAGCUGCUUUGCCUGCAGAAUCACAUGCGAGCCAGUGUGAGCGUGGGCUACCUCCAGUCCCUGGGCUACUCUGCCAGGGACCUUGUCAUUCCCGGCUGGAACAGGAACUACCGGUGUCGGCCCCAGAUUACUUCGAGCCAGGUGACCUUCACAGUUCCCUACUCUGGCUGUGGCACCAUCGAGCAGGUGGAUAAUGAUACCAUCACCUACUCCAACUCCCUCAAAGCAGCUGUUUCGCGUGGCAUCAUCAAGAGGAGGAAGGACCUCAACAUUUACGUCAGCUGCAAAAUGCUCCAGAACACCUGGGUUAACACGAUGUACAUUGCUAAUGACACCCUCGAGGUCAAGAACAUACAAUACAGCAAUUUUGACAUGAACAUUUCCUUUUAUACAUCCUCUUCAUUCUUAUAUCCCGUGACCAGCAGCCCAUACUAUGUGGACCCGAACCAGGAUUUGUACCUUCAGGCUGAAAUCCUCCAUUCUAACGCCUCCCUGGCCUUAUUUGUGGACACCUGUGUGGCGUCACCAUCUCGCGAUGACUUUACAUCUUUGACUUAUGAUCUCAUCCGGAGUGGGUGUGUGAAGGAUGAAACCUACCGAUCCUACCACCAGCCCUCACCCAACGUCCUCCGCUUCAAGUUCAAUUCCUUCCACUUCCUGAGCCGCUUCCCCUCCGUGUACCUGAAGUGCAAGAUGGUCGUGUGCAGGGCAUACGAUGCCUCAUCCCGCUGCAGCAGAGGCUGCAUCGUGAGGGCCAAGAGGGGCGUGGGCUCCUACCAGGAGAAGGUGGAUGUCGCCCUGGGACCCAUCCAGCUGCAGGUCCCGCAUGCUGAGAAGAGGAGCCUGGACCGGACAGAGGUUGACCUGGAAGAGGAGGCCAGCGCCCAGGGGAGCUACCACAGCACCACCAUCCUUGCUGGGGUCUUCCUGGUCGUGCUCUUGGCUGUAGCAGCCUUCACAUUGGGGAGGAGCACCCGUGCUGCCCAUGGCCAGCGUCUGAGCUCUAGGAUGUGAAGCAGGAGAUAACGCGCGAUGCUCAGACACAGGCCCCCAUGCUCUGGAGCCCGUGAGAGGAAGGAAGAAACCAGUGUCCAGAGCUUGGCACAUAGAGCACCCAACUCUGGCCCAGGUGCACUGUGGUGGGUGGUGGAGGAGGGGGUGAGAAAGAUGGGAGCAGGUUUUCCCAGAAACACAGACUUGGUGCUGGGACAAAAUGUCAGUCAAGCAGGUGCUGGAACCUGAAAUCCCACGUGAGGCAGUGAGCCACACGCUAGAAGCAGCAGCGCUUUUUCUAGAUAGAAUUUCUUUUCUGACUUUUUAUGAACCGGCUUCUUUGGCCUGUGGUGUAUAUCUUAGUGUAUAUCUUAGCCUUUUCUUAUUAUAGGACAAGCCAAAUAAAGAACUUUUUCAAAGCAA